AUGGCCGAUUUGCAUUUAAACGAUACAAAUUUGUCGCAAAAUCGGACUUCGUUUCUUAUUGAGGAUAUUCUGUACAGACAAAAGUCUGAACAGGAACAAAGUGUUGCUGUCGAUGUUAUUAAUCGGGAAAAAGUGUUUCCGUAUCCGAAAGUUAUAGAUAAGAGAGUGUCACCAGAGAAAAACGGUUAUAGUUACUUUCAGUCUAACGUAGUGCCGGGAGGAAUGGUUCAAAGUUUUCCGCAGCAUGAGAAUGGGUAUAUCCAGGUGAUGGGAGCUCUUGGUGCCUAUCUAGGACCACCUUAUAAGAAUAUGACGGAUCCGUAUUUCCUAACCCAAGGCAUUCCUUUUCAUCACGCCCUCUUUGGUAGUUCAGCUAGUGAAAUUUCUUUAAAUGCUCUGAAACACUGUAGAAGAAGGAAAGCCAGAACAGUCUUUAGCGAUCCUCAGUUAACCGGUCUAGAAAAAAGGUUUUCCGCCCAGAGGUACCUGUCAACGCCGGAACGUGUAGAGCUAGCCAGUGCACUGAGUCUUAGUGAAACACAAGUUAAGACGUGGUUUCAAAACAGACGAAUGAAACACAAGAAGCAGUUGCGGAAAGUUCAGGAAGAAAAAGUGAAUGGUAGUUCUGUAAAGGUUCCAUUGGGAUCGUCAGACAAAUUAGGAACUAGUCCAAAUUUAGCAUCGAUGUCUCAAGACAAAAAUAUGACAGCUGGCAGCUCGGGUAUGUCAGUAACCAAUUCCGAUGUUAGUGAUUGCGAUAGUGACAUUGAUAUAGUUGGAGACGCCAAACAAAUGAACUACCCUUACAAAAGGGUUUAA